GCUAUCUCCGUCGUGUAGGAGACCGCACUGGCGAGCGUGUGAUAAGUUUUAAUCCAACUGUUCUUUCUAACGAUUAUAUUAAAACUGCAGCAACUUCGUACCCAGAGAUGUUGAUUUGUCAUUCCCCUAACAUUAGCAUGUCAGGGAAUGAUUAUUUUAGUAGUAAAAGUAUAGCUAGUAGCGCUGCUUGCUCACCUUUAUCGGGUGGUGGGAGAGCAAAAACUUUAUUAAAUUCGAAUCGAAGUAGAGACGCAAAUUCAGCUCAAGCCAUAAGAGGAGAUUUAAGCAUUAACAAUACUGAAAAUGGUGACAGUGACAAUGAUAUAGAGUUGGACGAUGAUAAUAGUGGGAAACGAACAAAACCAUUCUUUACCAAGCUCAAUUUGCCCAAACAAGAUGUAGCUCUUCCACCAGUCUUUGUGACAUCUCCCUCAAAACCGCCCAACAAUCAUCGGGAUCUUGUGACGCACUCCUAUUCGCCUGGAGGUGCAUUAAAAACAUCACCAGACAGUAUACUAGGACUUUCGUCCACCGAGCAAACACCACAAUUAUCACCAACCACAUCAGCGGAAAGUGAUAGAGUAUUGGCUGAAAGAAGAGGCUCAGAAGCAUCCUUGUUAACAGACGGUGCGGAAUUACCUUCGAGUCCGCCACCACGACCGCCAUUAUCUUCGGAGGAAGAAAGUAAACUUACACCAGAACCACUAAAAAUUAUUCCAAAACGCAAGCCAUUAUCUACAUUAACUGCAUUGAUAGCCGAGAAAAAGAAUAAAUUGGAUAAUCCUUUUGCGGAAGAUUAUAGUUUUUUCGCCGGAAAAGGAGACUUAAAUCCAUUAACACGAAAGAUUUAUCUUCCAUUUAGUAAAGAACCCUCACGACCAAUGAUUGUGGUUGUAAAGAGGGAUGCCAGUGUGGAGGAAAUUAUUGGGUACGUGUUAUAUCAGUAUUGGGACGAGAAAAGGGAGCCGAUACUAGAUCCAAAGUUAUGCGAUGUAGUACAGUGGAACAUGAGAAUUGUUGAAGAUGAUGGCGAAAUUGACGAAGAUUUUCCCGCCCUGGAAAGAAGGCAGAAAAUAUCAAAAUUUUCAUUUGAUCAAUUUGCAUUGUGCCAAGCAACUCCCGCACAAGUCAAACAAAACGAAGCUGUUUCGACAAAAGCAAGACCACAAGUAAAAGAGUCAUUGGUAGUUCCACCAUCUGUGAAUACAGAUGGGACAAUCAUUAAUUCUAGCUCCAAUAUUAUCAAUUUGUCAGACGGUCCUAGUAUGUCUGGAACUUCGUCUACGAUUGAUAUUUCUAAUCAAAUAUUCUUACGGAUUCGACUCACCCUCACUCCACAUGAGGAGGUUUCGCAUACAACGACAAUAAAUGUUUCUUCUGAAAUGCCUUUUCAGGAAGUUUUGGAGACGAUUUGUCGUAAACGUAAAUUGGACAGUAGCAAAUACACUUUUAAAAUUGCCGACACCGAGAAAUACAUAAAUUUGGGAAAAACAGUGGAAAGUGUGGGGAAUGCUAAUGAGCUGGCUCUGGUAGAAAAACCCCCCAACGCCAUACUUACUGAUACACCACCAAGCCCAACAAGUGUUCGGGAGCGAAGUAUUAUUAGACGAAGGACGCUUAAUGAUCCGCCUCAACCGCAGUAUGUGUCGUUAAACGAGUACAUGUCGGUUUACAAGAAAUAUAUUGUCAACCGCAAGACACCGAUGUUUGUUGGACGUCAUGAACGUGUAUUAGCGAUUGACGGGGAUUACAUACACAUAAUGCCAUCUGAAACACGGACUAUGUUUGAAUCUAUGAAGACGAUAUCUUAUCAUAUCGAUACCGUAAAGUCUUGCAAAGUAGAUAAAAAGGCACCCACGAAUUUUAAAUUAACUAUAUAUCGAAAUUCUGGAACGAAGACAUACGAUUUCGAGGCUGAAUCGAAAACUUUGGCUAAUGAGAUUAGCCAAAAGGUUCGUUUCCUCCAAAAUCUCAUUAGAGGUGAAUCAUCGAAAACACGUUCUCACCUUAAACAAUAG